CGCUUGUCUUGACUCUUUGUACAUGAUAAAAAGGGAGGGGGAGGAACCUUUUCGUCCCCUCUCGUCAUCCCACCCCUCACCCCCAAAUCGCGUCCUCUUGGGCUUCUCCCGAUACCAAGCGAAGCAGCACGCCCUGGGCCCCGAGUCCUGAUUCUGAUCCUGAACGGACGAUACCUUUCGGACGAGUCCCCGACGGCGAGACUUUGACAAAGUGCAAGACCCAUCAUCAAGCUUUUCCUACCAGUUCUUCUCUCUUUCGCAACUCAACCCCGAUCCGUCGAGUGGUUGUCUGUCCUAUUUACACAGACUGGUCCACGGUGCAUCUUGUCUUCCACACACACACACACACCACACACACAAACACACACGCACACACAUACGUACGUCAUGUCGUCCUCCGGAGCUCCCCCCGCCGGAGAUCUCCCCCUCGGCCCAGUCCGAAGGCACAUCACCACCCACGACGCCAACGGCCGCGCCGUCUACUCGGACGCCUUCCCCGUUGAGGUGACGCCCGACCCGCUGCCCAACAUGUUUUUUCACACCUGCUUCACCACCUCGGAGUCGCCCGUCACCAUGGACGACGAAAAGGACCUGGCCGCCUACGCCCCGCACCACCCCCGUAUGCCGACCCUGCACCUGCCCUCGGGCUCCGUCCUGCGCGUCGUCGACUUCGGCCCCGGCACCGGCCCCAUGAUGCACCGCACCGAGUCGUGCGACUACGGCAUCGUGCUGAAGGGCGAGGUCGAGUGCCACCUCGACGACGGCGCCGUGCGCACCCUCGGCGAGGGCGAGAUCAUGAUCCAGCGCGGCACCAUGCACGGCUGGAAGAACGCCACGGACAGCUGGGCCCGCGUCGUCUUCUGCCUGCAGCCCGCCGAGCCCGUGAGGGUCGCUGGCCAGGUCAUGGAGGACGACAUCCCCUUCAUGAAGAUCUCGGCGGAUAGGCAGGCCGACUUCGAAAAAUUCAAGGCCGAGGAGGCCAAGAAGAAGGCCGAGGGCAAGUAAGUAAGUGGUAAAGUGUCUCAGACGACAGGCGUUCUCGGUGACCGCCAAGAGUAUUAUGACGAUUAAGUCGUGAUAAGUUAUGAGAGCGUAGCAUGAAACGAUAGCUCCAAUAGGCAGGGGGGGUCUGGGCCGGUUUACAUGGGUCAAGGUGCCCAUCUCAGGCAUUUAAAUACUUACAAAGUACCAUUUACUCUCAUCGUUCCC